CUCCUCCCCCCCUCCCGGAGCCCCGCGGCCAUGGAAGGCCCCGGCGCGGCGGCGGCGGCUGUGGGAGCGGGCCCGGGCGGCAGCAACGUGUCGGCCUUCCUGACCAAGCUGUGGACGUUGGUGGAGGACCCCGAGACGGACCCGCUGAUCUGCUGGAGCCCGAGUGGAAACAGCUUCCAUGUGUUCGACCAAGGACAGUUCGCCAAGGAGGUGCUCCCAAAGUACUUCAAGCACAACAACAUGGCCAGCUUCGUGCGGCAGCUCAACAUGUAUGGCUUCCGGAAGGUGGUGCACAUCGAGCAGGGAGGGUUGGUGAAGCCAGAGAAGGACGACACUGAGUUCCAGCACCCCUAUUUCAUCCGUGGCCAGGAGCACCUCCUGGAGAACAUCAAGAGGAAAGUCACCAGCGUGUCCAGCAUAAAGAACGAGGACAUCAAGGUGAGGCAAGACAACGUCACCAAGCUGCUGACCGACAUCCAGGUGAUGAAAGGAAAGCAGGAGAGCAUGGACUCCAAGCUGAUAGCCAUGAAGCAUGAGAACGAGGCGCUGUGGAGGGAGGUGGCCAGCCUAAGGCAGAAGCACGCCCAGCAGCAGAAGGUGGUCAAUAAGCUCAUCCAGUUCUUGAUUUCAUUGGUGCAAUCCAACCGCAUCCUCGGGGUGAAGAGGAAGAUCCCCCUGAUGUUGAACGACAGCAGUUCAGCUCAUUCCAUGCCGAAAUACAGCCGACAGUACUCCCUGGAGCACGUCCACGGCUCAUCCCCAUACGCAGCUUCUUCCCCAGCGUACAGCGGCUCCAACAUCUACUCCCCCGAUUCAUCCACCAACUCCGGCCCCAUCAUCUCGGACGUGACGGAGCUGGCCCAGUCCAGCCCUUCAGCAUCUCCCAGUGGCAGCCUGGAUGAGAGGAGCAGCCCUGUGGUCCGCAUCAAAGAGGAGCCCCCCAGCCCCUCCCGUAGCCCCAAGGAGAACGAGCCCAGCACCACGACGGCCGCGGCCGGCAACAGCACCGAGCAGCCUCAGCCCCAGGAAAAGUGCCUCAGCGUUGCCUGCCUCGACAAGAACGAACUGAACGACCACCUGGACACCAUCGACUCCAACCUGGACAACCUGCAGACCAUGCUGAGCACGCACGGCUUCAGCGUCGACACCACCGCCCUGCUGGAC